CUGGCACGGACACUGCCCUUUCUCCUCCGGGACAAGGACCCUCGUCACUCUUCUCAGCUCGGCGAACGGAGAAAGGGCCCGGGACUGGAAGCUUGGAGAUGUGAGCUCCAGGCCUGACCCCUGCUGUGACAUAGCUGAAAUGACUUUGGGGCAGGGUGCCUGGUGCUUCAGCUUCUCCGUCUAUAAAACGAGCCUGAUGAUCCCCCUCCCCACUGCCUGCGACCUCACUACUUAUUCAACGGGCUUUUUGUCCAGUGCUUCCAUGUACCUGGUUCAAGAAGAUUUAGACCUCAGAGGUCAUCGAAUUCAAUCCAAGUGUCCUCAUAAUCCCAGGAUACAGAUAGGGAAACGGAGGAACUAAGCGUUUGGGUGACUAGCCCAAGGUAACAGAGAUUAAAAGGCAGACCGGGGCAGGAUCCCUAGUCCCUUGAUUGGGGAUUUCAUAAACUAUGACUGAUGGAUGCACAGAAACCUUACCAGCCCUUAAGCACUGCAUGCCCUUAUGGAGAGGUUAUUACUAGACUGUUCUACACCACGAGGGAAGUCCCCUUUCUAGUGUCCAUGUAUUUCAGUCGUAGGUGAGGUGCAGUGGAACUGGAGUAUUCUGAGAGUGGGUGAAAUUUAGGAGAUUGAAAAUCCCCAGCGCCAACCUUGGCCUGGGUUUCGCUGAGUCUUCUUGCAACAGUCCUAAGUCAACAUCAGUUGUUUCCAUCUCCUCUGCCUCCGGUUUCCACCCUGUCUGUAUCUUACAUCUACUGACUCAACAUUUCCUGGAAAAAUGGAUGGUUCCCAUCAUACAGGGAUGAGCUAUAUGGACCACAACGAUACCACAUCACCCCCUCACCAUCACCCGACCACUUCAGUCUCACACUCCCAUGCUGAAGGACAUGGUGACACGAUGAUGAUGAUGCCUAUGACCUUCUACUUUGGCUUUAAGAAUGUGGAACUAUUGUUUUCUGGUUUGGUGAUCCAUACAGCUGGAGAAAUGGCUGGAGCUUUUAUGGCAGUGUUUUUACUAGCAGUGUUCUAUGAAGGACUCAAGAUAGCCCGAGAGAGCUUAUUGCGCAAGUCACAAGUCAGCAUCCGCUAUAAUUCCAUGCCUGUACCAGGGCCAAAUGGAACCACCCUUAUGGAGACACACAAAACUGUUGGGCAGCAGAUGCUGAGCUUUCCUCACCUCCUGCAAACAGUGCUGCAUAUCAUCCAGGUGGUCAUCAGCUACUUCCUCAUGCUCAUCUUCAUGACCUACAAUGGGUACCUCUGCAUUGCUGUGGCACUGGGGGCCGGCACAGGAUACUUUCUCUUCAGCUGGAAGAAGGCAAUAGUAGUGGACAUCACUGAGCACUGCCAUUAACAUCAGACUCCAUGGUGUGGCCUUAUCGAUUACAAUGGGAAGCAGUUCGAGACUGGAAGACAUGAUCCCUACUCCAGUCAUCCCUUUUUGCUCCUUGUCUCCUUACACACACACACGCACACGCGCACGCGCGCGUGCGCGCACACACACACACACACUUGCUCAACAGAGGUUUAGCUUAUAGUCUCUGAGUUAAACUGGUAAUCUCCCCAUUCUUUCUAAUAAGCUGAGAUUCCCAUUUCUCUUGAGAAGAGGCCACCCAUGAGAUGUCCUCUCCUCACAAUCAUCUUAGAUCCAAGUUAUAUAUUCUUGACUAAUCCAGGUAGCUGUAUAUUCAAUGACAUGAUCUCCUGAUUUCUUUUUAAUCUUUUGGGUUUUUUUCAACAGACAAUAUGUGACUUUGGUGAUUUUGUCCUGGAUGAGUGAUAGAAAGGGAUUAUCGACUUCAGCCAGGAUAGCAUCUGAGGAAAAUUCUCACCCAACUAAACCCAGAACCCAAACUUAACACUAGAAAAUAAGUUCCAGUUUUUUGACUGAAUAACAGGAAAACACACUGUGCCUUUCCCUAGGUGUGAUGUUUGCACCAAAAUCUUUGGAGUGUGCAUAGGGGUGGUUUUGAGACUAAAUACAGGCCUGGAGCUUGCAGAAGUGUGCAUUCCUGGACAGCUGACUUAUCAGCUUGUGUCCCUGCUUAACAUUUUGAUUACAAUGAACUAGCCACUCCAGAAAAAAAGACAAUCAAUUUGAGAAAAUAGAAAUAGAUGUUUUUAAAUAAAACUACCAGUAUUUUACUUUGACUUAGUACCUUGGUUUGUCACAGCUCCUCAUUGAAGCAAAAGGGAUUGAAUCAUUCUUUUCCCAUUGAUUGUUUUUAUGUCUCUGCCUCCAAACCAGUGGUUUUCAAACUUUAGAAUGUAUCAGAAUCACCUAGAGGGCUUGUUCAAAUAAUGGUUGCUAGGCCUUAACUCCAGAGCCCAAAAUUUGGCAUUUCUAUCAAGUUCCAGGUGAUACUCUUGUUACCAGGGGACCACACUUUGAAAAUUUCUGCUUUAAACUAAGGGAGUAUCACCUGGUAGGGUGAGCCACCUGGCACUGGGCCUAGGAAUUUGAACUGCUGAUAAGUAGGUGGUAUCUCUGGGCUUAACUCAUGUACUCAAUUCUGCUGGUCAGUUACUUAAUCAUUCCACAAACAUUUUCAACCUCAACUGUGUGUGUGCGUGCCAGCGCACACGGGUGCAGAGUGGUGUUGUCAGAGCAACUUUUAUCAGCAUGGACGUCACCCCUCUUUACUUUUAAAGAUCUGUGGUUUCUUGGAAGUAGCUUGAAGGUUUGAGAGAAUACCUUUGACCUGCUGUGUAAAUCAAGCAUUCAUGGGGUCAGCAGGGCAAAAAAGCUCAGCCUUUCCCUUUGGAGAGGCUUAGGGUGUGGUCUGCUGCUGGCCAGGUUUUCCUCAGCCCCCAACAUCUGUGGCCACAGCAGGCAGAGCCUCAUUCUCCACCUCACCAUUUUUGUCACUUUGGGGGCUUAAUUAGAUUACAGGUGGCCAAAACCUCUCUUCUCCUUAAUGAAGAAUCACAUUGGAUUUUUAUCUUUGGUUGUUAGUCUACACUACAGUUGUGUUCCCAGUCCAAACUACCUCUGUAAAGUGACUCUUCCAGUGCUGUCUAUUAAAUCCUGCCCUCCUUGGUGCUAGACUCCAAUUGUGCCUCGGGGCAGAGGAGACAAAACACAGCUAUCCUGUUGGCGUCUGUUGUGGUUUUGAAGGUUGUACUUUCUCUGAGGGUGCCAGUUAAUUAUUGGAUAGUGAGGAAUAUGUACUUCUAUGGCUUCGAACCAAGAAAGGGUUAUGAGCUGACUGGGUGGAGGUUAAAAUCCAGGAAUCAACGUUGAGAGCUUUGCUUUUCUCUCAUUCCAUCCCCCUUAAGUGCUGAUACCUAGAUUAGCUAAACAUGAGCAGAGUGAAUGACAGAGUCAAACAUUAAGGUCUAAAUAGCCUGUUAUUGUCUCAGAUGCCAAGGAAUAAUAAAACUAUGACAAAAGAAAUGAGAGUCAAUGUUUAGUAGUGACCCUGGUGAUCUCCAGACAUCUUGGCAAGCGCUGGAAUAAGAUACCCUUUAGAAACAGGACCUUAUCAGGAAGGUAAGAAAAAUCAAGGCCAGUUAAGACAAAGUGCUAUGAAUUUGAAACUCACAGACAGAAACAUCAGUUUAGUGUAGGUCUCUGGGUAUUCAGGAUAGAGAAUCUCAUGAAAAACCUGAAUUUCAGAGGUUUUUAGACUAGGUUGCCAAAGCGUGAAACCAGUGAAGGAGAAAAUAUUUAAAGCUUAAUUCCAUCCUUCCUGAGCUCUUAAGAUUGUGGUAAUACAAUGAUCUCAUCAACUUUCAUUUCUGAAUCCUAUUCAUUUGGAAUUUAACGCCUGACUUGUUUUGAACCCAAAUUUCUCUUUUCUCCUCUUCCUGUUCACAUCUGUUUGGAGACGAUAUCCCCAUUUCUUUGGCUCCUUAUUCUGCUCUCAGAUUUUCCUUUCAGUAAUUUCUUUUCCGUAUCUGAUAUAUCUAGUUUAUUGAUUCUGCCUAGCCCACCUGAUGCAGUGGAUAUAGAUACCAACCAAAAGUCCUAAAUCCUCCUAGAGACCUUGAACAUGCUUCAAAAGCAGUUGCCCCACUCAAUUUCUAUAAUGCUAGGGAGAGGGCUAUCUGUUACCAUCCCCACAGUUACAGAAUUUU